GCUAAGGUGAUCUCUAAGGAGCAACCAACUCAAGUAGAUGAUCAUGGCCAUGCCCAGAAACUCUGUUCUUCUUCUAUUACCUUUGCUCUUAUUGUUAAGUACAGGUGAGUGUGAUCUUCAAUUAAAUUAUUACAAUGAGAGCUGCCCAAGAGCUGAAGAAAUCAUCAAAGAACAAGUAACCAAUCUGUACAAUAAGCAUGGAAAUACUGCUAUUUCAUGGGUCAGAAAUAUCUUCCAUGAUUGCAUCGUUAAGUCAUGUGAUGCAUCUCUGUUGCUGAACACGAAGAAUGGCAUUGUAUCGGAGAAGUCAUCCAGUCGGAGCUUCGGGAUGAGAAAUUUUAAGUAUAUUGAUACGAUUAAAGCUGCCCUUGAAAGCGAAUGUCCUCUCACGGUUUCCUGCGCAGAUAUUGUAGCUCUCACUGCAAGAGAUGGUGUUGCCAUGCUAGGUGGCCCACAUAUUGAGAUGAAAACCGGCCGGAGGGACUCAACGGAAAGUUAUGUUGCAGAUCUUCUAGAUUUCAUCCCCAACCAUAACGACAGCAUUUCUCUUGUUCUUUCACGAUUUAAUUCUACCGGAAUUGACGUGGAAGGAACAGUUUCCUUACUGGGAGCUCACUCGGUGGGUAGAGUUCACUGCGUGAACCUCGUCGGUAGACUAUAUCCAGACAUUGAUCCCACCAUAGAUGCUAUACACGGCAAGUACCUCAGACGUAGGUGCCCUUCACCAGACCCAGACCCAAAGGCAGUUCAGUACGCAAGAAAUGAUCUUGAAACACCAAUGAUUCUAGACAAUAUGUACUUCAAGAACGUUUUAGCUCACAAAGGACUCUUACUAGUAGAUCAGCAACUGGUUUCUGAUCCAAGAACUGCUCCUUUUGUAGAGAAGAUGGCUUCUGAUAAUGACUACUUUCUCCAGCAAUUCUCAAGAGCUUUACUUUUGCUCUCUCAGAACAAUCCCUUAACAGGUGAUCAAGGAGAGAUAAGAAAGGAUUGUCGCUAUGUCAACAGUAAUAUUGAUGGAAGAAGGCUAAAGCCAAGCCCAAGCUCAAGCUCAAGCCCAGUCCAAUCUCAAGCAGAAUAUGAACUUACAGCUUCAGGCCCAAGUCCAAGCCCAGGUGUAGGCCAGGCCACUGUUUCCGCCCCAAGCCCAGAUCUUUGAAUAAAAUAAAAUAUUGAUUAAUAAGCUCACGUCUUAUGCCUCGUAGCAGUAUAUGAAGAAGUGAGUUUCUCUACACCCUUGGUGAAGAGGGAAUCUCUACAUCUAAGACAUUUGACCUGUUAGACACAUGGCCACAUCAUUGAUGGGGGAAAAGAUUUCUCUACUUUAGGAGUAAAAAUAAAAAAACAUAUAUUUCAUAUAUUAAUAGAUAAAA